CAACCAGGAACCGGAAGACUCAUUGAAACCCACGAUUGCUAUGUCCUCCAACACCUCCUAUCCGUCAGGGACCGCGAGCCUAAGAGGAGAAUCUUUUGCCCGAAUCUGUCAUGGCGGCGGCGGCGGCGGCGGCUGUUUCCCUCAGUUCCGCCCUUUCGACAGCCAUAUGGGGGGAGUGAAUACCAAGUCCGAGGGCGGGCGCUUUUAAAGCCGCUCGUAGGUGUCCUCCGAAUACGGGAGGCGAGAACGCCUCUCCCUUGUCCACCAGGCUCGAACCGGAGGGUGACGCCAUGAGCCACGGCGGAGGUGGUGGGGCUUUACCGGGGACGUUGCCGAGGGCACAGGCCUUCCGCUUGCCCGGCCGCCACGGCUACGCAGUCGAAUUCUCGCCCUACCUGCCCGGGCGUUUGGCCUGCGCUACCUCGCAGUACUACGGAAUUGCAGGCUGUGGAACUCUGGUAAUACUGGAGCAAACUGAAGCUGGAAUACAUCUCUUCAGGAGUUUUGACUGGAAUGACAGUCUGUUUGAUGUAACGUGGAGUGAGAACAAUGAACAUGUGCUGGUCACUUCCAGUGGGGAUGGAUCUUUACAAAUCUGGGACACAGAAAAUCUCACAGGUCCUCUGCAGGUCUACAAAGAGCACAGUCAAGAGGUGUACAGUGUUGAUUGGAGCCAGACUAGAGGAGAACAGCUAAUCAUAUCUGGGUCAUGGGAUCAAACUGUGAAAUUGUGGGAUCCUGCAGUGGCACAAUCUCUAUGCACUUUUAAAGGCCAUGAAGGUGUCAUUUAUAGCACUAUAUGGUCUCCGCACAUCCCAAGCUGUUUUGCAUCGGUGUCAGGUGAUCAAACUUUAAGAAUCUGGGAUGCAAAAGCACCAAGACUCCCAGUGAUAAUCCCUGCUCACCAGGCAGAGAUUUUAAGUUGUGAUUGGUGCAAGUAUGAUCAGAACUUGCUCGUAACGGGUGCUGUUGACUGCAGUUUGAAAGGCUGGGAUUUAAGAAACAUCCGUCAACCAGUGUUCAGCCUCCUUGGACAUACUUAUGCUGUAAGAAGAGUAAAAUUUUCACCAUUUCAUCCUACUCUCCUGGCGUCCUGCUCCUACGACUUUACUGUGAGAUUUUGGGACUUCUCCAAGCCUGAUCCUCUGCUUGAGACUGUGGAGCAUCAUACAGAAUUUACUUGUGGUCUGGAUUUGAGCCUCUAUCACCCAGGCCAGGUGGCAGACUGUGCAUGGGAUGAAACAGUGAAGGUCUAUAAUCCAUCUUCGUUGGCUGUGCCCACCUAGAGUAAUGGCAGCUGAUGUGGAGGAUAGCUGACAUGGAGGAAAAUCAGUGCCACUUUCCUAAGACAGGACUGGAUAAUAUGUGAUUGCCUUGAUGACAACUUAAUUUUUUAAAAUAUGAACUUAAAUAAAGUCUUGCAGUUAAGGACAGGUUUACAUGUUGUGUUCAUCACACAAGACAAGUACACACCCAUGCUGGACCUACAGAAUAAUCACAAAGAAUGAGGUAGACAAAAAAAAAUUGGAUGGGCUGCAGAUUAUGCAGUCUCCCAGCCUUCUCCAGGCUGAUGCCUUCUGACACAUCUGUAAACCCCCAUGUUGGGGAAGGUGGUAUACACAGGAUAUGUGGUAAGCCGCUGUGUAGAUAAAAGAUGACUAGACAAGAAGAGGGGGGAAAUAUAAAUUGCUUUGCAAUUUAAUUGUUCAUUAUUGUUCCAAUGUAAAAUACCUUAUAUAACAUUGUGGCCUCAGUCGGAUCCAUAUGGUGUUCAUUUUAUCUCAUUGUGUUGAUUGACAAUAAACAGCAUAUCAUUCUGUGA